AUGCUAAAAAUCUUAAUCCCCACCCUCAUACUAGUACCCACCGCCUGAAUAGUCAAACCCAAGUGAUUAUGACCCACAACCCUUACUCAAAGUCUUAUUAUUGCCCUCCUUAGCCUCUCCUGAUUAAUCAACAUGUCAGAGACUGGCUGAUUCAACCUCAAUAGUUACAUAGCGACAGACCCCCUAUCCACGCCCCUCCUAGUCCUAACUUGCUGACUACUUCCCCUUAUGAUUAUGGCAAGUCAGAGCCACACCGCACUUGAACCCAUCAACCGCCAACGCACCUACAUUACCCUAUUAACAUCCCUUCAAAUCUUCCUUAUCUUAGCCUUCGGAGCUACCGAAAUUAUUAUGUUCUACGUCAUAUUUGAAGCUACUCUUAUCCCGACACUAAUUAUUAUCACCCGCUGGGGCAAUCAAACCGAACGACUAAAUGCAGGUAUUUAUUUCCUUUUCUAUACACUAGCAGGGUCUCUACCACUCUUAGUCGCCCUCCUUCUGCUUCAAAACAGUGCAGGUACCCUAUCACUACUUACCCUACAAUACUCAAACCCCGUUCAACUUACAUCCUAUGCAGACAAACUAUGAUGAGCUGGCUGUCUUCUUGCAUUCUUAGUUAAAAUACCCCUGUACGGGGUACAUCUCUGAUUACCCAAAGCACACGUUGAAGCCCCAGUUGCCGGCUCAAUAGUCCUUGCUGCAGUACUUUUAAAACUCGGGGGUUACGGAAUGAUACGUAUAGUUGUCAUAUUAGACCCCUUGACCCAAGAGCUAAGUUACCCCUUUAUUGUUUUUGCCCUUUGAGGUGUAAUUAUGACAGGCUCAAUCUGCUUACGUCAAACAGACUUGAAGUCACUCAUCGCCUACUCCUCCGUAAGCCAUAUAGGCCUAGUUGUUGGAGGCAUUCUUAUUCAAACCCCUUGAGGAUUCACCGGGGCCCUAAUCCUCAUGAUUGCCCACGGCCUCGCAUCCUCUGCUCUCUUCUGCCUUGCUAACACGAACUAUGAGCGGACACAUAGCCGAACCAUGCUCCUAGCUCGAGGAUUACAAAUGGUACUGCCACUAAUGACAACCUGAUGAUUUAUUGCAAGUCUUGCCAACUUAGCCCUUCCCCCGCUCCCUAAUCUAAUGGGGGAAAUUAUAAUUAUUACCUCUAUAUUCAACUGAUCCUGAUGGACCCUAGUAUUAACCGGAGCAGGCACCCUUAUUACCGCAAGCUAUUCUCUCUAUAUAUUUCUUAUAACCCAGCGAGGCCCCCUUCCCACACACAUCAUCGCCCUAGACCCCUCUCACACCCGUGAACAUCUUCUCAUGGCCCUUCACCUCAUCCCGCUACUUAUACUUAUCAUGAAGCCAGAACUAAUCUGAGGGUGAGCCUCAU